GCAGUGUUUUGUGUAGGGGUGUUUCUGUAGUCCAGCUCAGCAGGUGGACACCGCUGCUGUCCGCUCCUCGGUGUUACUCUCAGUCGGAACCAGAACCGCUGACACUGAGGCAACAGAACCACGGAAUCAGACGGCUGUCAGCAUCACUUGAGGAGGGAAGUGGUCCAUGAGGGUCUUUCUGCAUGGAGUUUGCAUGUUCUCCCCGUCCAUGCUUCGGUUCUCUCCGGAUACUCCGACUUCCUCCCACAGUCCAAAAAUAUGGCUGGAGGAUCAUUUUAAACAACCCUAAGAAAAGGAACGCUCUGUCCUUAUCCAUGCUGGAAACCCUUCGAGAGAACAUCCUGACUGAUGUUGACAGCGAAGAUCUCCGAGUCAUCAUCAUAUCAGCCAAAGGUCCAGUGUUCUCGUCAGGACAUGACCUGAAGGAGCUGACAUCUGCUCGGGGCCGAGAGUACCACAUGAAGGUGUUCCAAACCUGCUCAGAGGUGAUGGCUCUGAUACAAGACAUACCUGUUCCAGUGAUCGCCAUGGUAAACGGCGUUGCCACGGCAGCCGGUUGCCAGCUGGUCGCCAGUUGUGACAUCGCUGUAGCGACUGAGAAGUCCACCUUUGCCACUCCGGGUGUCAACGUAGGUCUGUUCUGCUCGACACCGGCAGUGGCCAUCGGCAGAGCGGUGCCAAGAAAGCAGGUUGCCAUGGAGAUGUUACUGACAGGGACUCCUAUCUCAGCCCAUGAUGCUCUGUUACAUGGACUGAUUAGUAAGGUGGUGCCAGAAGACCGAUUGGAGGAGGAGACCUUGGGCAUCGCCCAACGAGUGUGUCAGUCCAGUCGACCUGUUGUUGCUCUUGGCAAGGCCACAUUCCAAAGGCAAAUGGCUCAAGGCAGGGAUGCAGCGUAUGCUACAGCCUCCAAGGUGAUGGUGGACAACCUGGCUCUUAGAGAUGGGCAGGAGGGGAUCCAGGCCUUCAUAGAGAAACGCAAGGCCAUGUGGAGCCAUAAACCUGAAAAUGUUCAUGACUGAUUAACUCUUGGAGAGAUUAUGACUUACUGAAAGUCUUUGUUUGUGUGGAUUGACUGGAACAAAUCAUGUGUGACUUGUUGAACUGAACUAUUUUCUGCUAGUAAAGUAAACAUUUGCAGAAUGACCAAGACCUUAAGUUUGUUUAGCUCUGACUAAAUUACAGAUUCACCAUGUGUCUUAAGAGCUGCAGUUCCAACCCACUUUUGGGUGAUUAGGCAGCAGGUUUAUUAUGUUAAUGCUGCUCUUCAAAACACAAAUCAGUUUAUCUUGAAUUUAUAGUUUCUUGUACUAGUAAAAUGGUUCAAUUUAGUGAUGAAUUAAAUAAAAUUUGUUCUAUAA